AGCAUAUGUGGUCAAAUGCAGAAUUCUUUCCUUAGUUAAAACGUCUUUGAUUUAAUUUUGGUAGUCAUCUUUGCUAGGAGACUGUCUCGCCCGUGAAGAUGUUUGAUUUGGAAGGAUUAUACAGGUUAUGUUUAAGUUCGCUUUAGGACCAUGUGCCGAAAGUUGAAAAUGAAGGAGCGCUGAAGAGAAGAGGAAGAAGAAAAGGAACCUCCUGGCUUGCUAACUAUAUUAGCAAUCUUCUGCUUUUGAUAAUGGCGCCUUUAGACCUUGACAAGUACGUUGAAAUAGCAAGGCAUUGCAAAUAUCUGCCGGAAAAUGAUCUAAAGAGACUAUGUGAUUAUGUGUGUGAUUUGCUGCUGGAAGAAUCAAACGUUCAGCCAGUUGCUACUCCAGUUACUGUAUGUGGAGAUAUUCAUGGUCAGUUUUAUGAUCUGUGUGAGCUCUUCAGAACUGGAGGCCAGGUUCCAGACACUAAUUACAUUUUCAUGGGAGAUUUUGUAGACAGAGGAUAUUAUAGUUUGGAGACAUUUACACACCUGCUAGCUUUAAAAGCAAAGUGGCCAGAUCGCAUCACACUUCUACGAGGAAAUCACGAAAGCAGACAGAUAACACAAGUGUACGGCUUUUAUGAUGAGUGUCAGACUAAGUAUGGAAACGCAAAUGCCUGGCGGUAUUGCACAAAAGUGUUUGACAUGCUGACUGUGGCAGCUUUGAUAGAUGAGCAGGUGCUAUGUGUCCAUGGUGGUCUUUCACCUGAUAUCAAGACUUUGGACCAGAUCCGAACCAUUGAACGCAACCAGGAGAUUCCCCACAAGGGGGCCUUCUGUGACCUUGUGUGGUCAGACCCAGAGGAUGUGGACACCUGGGCUAUCAGUCCACGUGGUGCCGGCUGGCUGUUUGGCUCCAAGGUCACCAAUGAGUUUGUUCACAUCAACAACUUGAAGCUCAUCUGCCGUGCACACCAGCUGGUUCACGAAGGCUACAAGUUCAUGUUUGACGAGAAGCUGGUAACUGUGUGGUCAGCACCCAACUAUUGCUACCGCUGUGGGAACAUCGCCUCAAUCAUGGUCUUCAAGGAUGUCAACAGAAGGGAGCCUAAGCUGUUCCGCGCUGUCCCCGACUCGGAGCGUGUGAUACCUCCCCGAACAACCACACCAUACUUCCUCUAAUGACAGGAGACAGUUUUCUCUCUGCUCCAACUUUUGGAGAUCUCGACUUUCAAAACUUAUUUAUAUGCAACAUAUUUUAAGAAAUUUACUGUAGUAAGAGCUCUUUCAGGUUCUGAAGCAAGGCUGCAGUUUGUUUUCACCACUCUCACUUCGUUCUGUCAUGAAGGAGAAAAACUUCUUUUCUCCAAUAAGAAAAUCAUACUUUUAAUCUUCUUUACAUUUUAAAUGGGAUGAUGCCUGAUUUUGAUGUUAUGUAUCCCAGUGAAGCAAAUAAACAUUUAAAAUGAAUAGUAAAUACUAA